AUGUCGAUGGUAUCGCAGACGCUGCAAGGCGCAGUACUCAGCCUGACGUCCAACGUUCUCGCACAAGCUAUAACGGCCUACCAAAACAAGACGCCCUUCAGCCUCAACUACACGUCGGUAUUCAAAUUCGUGCUCUUCAGCGUCCUCAGCAACCCGCCAAACAUCGUCUGGCAAGGCUUCCUCGAAGACCAAUUCCCCACAAAUGUGCCCUCGGCGCCAGCCCCGACGUCGACCGAGAAGCCCGGUUCCAAGCCCGACCCCACAAAGACAACGCUCAGCAAAACCAAUGUCUUGAUCAAGUUUGUGCUCGACCAGACGGUCGGUGCCCUCGUCAAUACGCUCAUGUUCUUGAGUUACAUAGGCUAUGUCAAUGCGCUGGACAAGCCGGGCGUCAACGCUAUGGAUGUGGUCGUCAGCGACUGCAUGAACAAUACGUGGCCGAUGAUGAAGGACGGAUACAAAUUUUGGCCGGCGAUAAGCCUCAUUAGCUUCUUGUGGGUACCCGUCGAUAAGAGGGUCGUGUUUGGUUGCUCGGUGGGUGUGCUGUGGGGUAUCUACCUGAGUUUGGCUGCGGACGCAUAGUUCCGGCCGCGCUGUGGGAGGACGCCCGCGACGGCUUCGGACGGAUAAGCUGUAUUCAAGAUGAACGUAUGGUCUAGUAACUACGCGCGACAUGCACCAGCGCUGAAUGAAUUAUUCAAAC